AUGGGUAUAGAAAAGGAAGUGGAGCAAAAUAAAACUCCUAAUACUAAGGGGAAAGAAGUGGAAGUUGCAGAACAGCAGCAGAACAGUCUGGGGAGCAGAAAGGCUAGUACUAAGAGUAAUAGGAAUAUUGGAGAAUGUGGAGACUUUUCCAUAGUCACACAGAAUGCUUUUGGAAUACUAGCAGGAGGAAAUGGGGAUAAGCAGCCACCUGAUAAGGGUGAUACAAAGACUAGAGUGAAAAGGCAUAAAGCUGAGGGUAUAAUUCCUAAGAUAGCAAAGAAUUGGGGGAUGGUUCAUAACUAUGAGCAAGCUAGUAAUGGAAGGAUUUGGAUUAUGUUUGAUACUAACAUUUGGCAAGUGGAAGCGCUACAUACUGAUGCUCAGUUUAUUCAUUGUAAUAUCACAAGCACAAAUGUCAAGUGUGCUAUGACUGUGGUAUAUGGAUUCAAUAGCAUAGAAUUGAGAAAGGGAAUGUGGCAAAAACUAAGGAGGGUAGCACAAUCAGUGAAGCAAGCAUGGCUCAUAUGGGGUGACUUUAAUGCAAUUCUGUCUGUUCAGGACAGAAUAUCAAGACAUGAAGUCACAAUGGCUGAAAUUCAGGAUUUUGGAGGGUUUUGUUUUAAUACUAAGGUUACUGAGAUCUCAUGGAGUGGCAACUACUUCACAUGGGCUAAUGGGCAAAUGGGAGGUGACAGAGUAACUAGUAGAAUUGAUAGAGCAAUGGGAAAUGGUGACUGGAUGAUGAAGUAUGGGCAUAUCACAGUGGAGGUGGGAGAUCCUUUUAUUUCUGAUCAUUCUCCUUUGACAAUUAAGUUCCAAAGAUUGAAUAAUGAUAUCAAAGUCCCAUUCAAAUUUAUGAAUGUAUGGGCAGAUCAUGAUGAGUUUCAAAACAUUGUUACUAUAAGAUGGCAUGGUAUUAAACAUGAAUGCAAACUGGUUAAUGUGUGGUAUAGGUUGAAAGAUAUGAAGACAGACUUUAAGGAAUUAAACAACAAAAACUUUAGAGAAGUUUCUGAGAGAACUUGCAGGAAAAACAUAAAGACACUAACAGCAAUAGAUGGUACUGUGUUAACUGAUCUAAAGGGAAUAAAGAAGGAAAUUGUAGAAUUCUAUAAAUCACUUAUGGGGACAUCAGCAAAGCAACUGCCAGCAGUUAACAUGAGUAUAAUGAAGAAUGGUCAUGUGUUAAACCAACAUCAGAUUACAGAGUUGGUUAAGAGCAUCACUAGGGAGGAAAUUGAUAAUAGCUUGAAUGCUAUAGGAAAUGACAAAGCACCGGGCAUAGAUGGGUAUAAUGCUGUAUUUUUCAAAAAAGCUUGGGGGAUUAUGAAGAAUGAUGUGUAUGAAGCAGUUAUGGAUUUCUUUCAAACGAGCCAUAUGCCUAAAAUCAUAAACUGUACUACAGUGACUCUACUGCCAAAGGUCACUAAUCCAAUAACAGUCAAAGAUUUUAGACCUAUUUCAUGCUGUUCUGUUUUGUACAAGAUCAUAGCUAAGAUUUUGGCAACAAGGCUUCAGGUAGUAAUGAGUGAUAUUAUUGAUGGAGCGCAGGCUGGUAUCAUUCCUGGAAGGAAAGGAGCAGAGAACAUAAUCUUGGCACAUGAAUUGAUCAGGGCAUAUUCAAGGAAGCAUGUCUCUCCAAGGUGUAUGAUCAAAGUGGAUUUAUAG